UAUUGUGAAGUUUCUAGUACCGGAUGUGGUCGUUGACCCAGAAGUAGUUUGCCUGAGCUGUUGACAUGUCUCUCUCCUGUUUCACCUUCUAACAUGAUUAUAUGUUUCUCUCUGUCAGCAGAGGACCGCUCAUAUUAAUGUUUAGCUCUGUAGCUUGUGGUGCUGUUAAAGAGGCGCGCAUGUUCAUGGGCACCUGCUUACCCCGUCGGCGGUGUUACCCGUACUUCUAACCGGGGUGUGAAUAAGAGGCUCCACACUGACAGAGAAUAUAAGAAGUAAAUCUGUUCACAGACCAAGCACAACUUGUGAUUCAACAUCCCGGCUGCAGCUCCAUCAUGAGCACAAAAUCAGCCAUGUCUCUGCUCCGGCUCGGCAGGUCUGGACUCCGAUGUUGUGUAUCUGAAGCGCCUCACUGCAGCGCUGGGGUCUUGGGUUUAAUAAGGACUUCUAUUGGUCGCCCUCUAGUCUCACCCUUUCAGCCUGGGCCCUGCAGCCACUCGUACUCCAGCAGUGUCAAGGUGCGCUCUUAUCUUCAGUACAUGAAGCACAAGAUCAGACCCCCUCCCACUCCUCCGUAUGGACAUGUGUGCCAGGUAGGGGACCCAGUGCUGCGUUCACACGCGGCUGCUGUCGACCCUGCAGCUAUCCCAGGCCCUGAGAUCCAAAAGGUCAUCAAGACUCUGGUGGGAGUGAUGCGGAAACUGGAGUGUGUGGGACUGAGUGCACCUCAGGUCGGGGUGCCGCUUCGCAUCCUGGCUCUGGAAUAUCCCAAGAAAAUGUUGGAGGAGAGUUCACCUGCGUCCAGGGAAGUCCGCGGUCUUUCUGCGCAGCCUCUGAGGAUCUUUGUUAACCCCCAGCUGAGAGUCCUGGAUGGGAAGACUGUGCUUUUUCAGGAGGCCUGUGAGAGCAUCUCUGGCUUCUCUGCCACAGUCCCACGCUACCUGUCUGUGGAAGUAUCUGGUCUGAAUGAGAAGGGGGAAGCCGUCUCGUGGCAGGCCAGCGGCUGGCCGGCUCGAAUCAUCCAGCAUGAAAUGGACCACCUGGACGGGGUCCUGUACAUCGACCGCAUGGACUGCAAGACCUUCCUCAACAUCAACUGGCAGGCCCACAAUGAAUAGAGGGACAGAACACCAACAUUACCAUCUUUAUAAAGAGGAUUCAUCUCAAACGUGUCCUCAGAGUACAGCUGAUGUGUUCCUGGAUUAUAUCCAGGACCGUGCCGUCCACCUCUGUCACUCUUCUCAUCGAUCUUUAUUCUGCAAAUGAAAAGAAGCCCAGAUGUGGUUUAUGGAUUCUAUUUUGACUGUGGAUGAAGCCGUCAGCUUCAGACACGUAAAGACUCGUCACACGUCUGUUUCUUCAUCCACAUGCAGAUUCUGUAAACCUGGAUUAUCUCAAGGUGAUGAAUGCUCAGUAUCAAGAUCAACAAGAACAACCUCAAAUAAAAUACAUUUAUGCUAUCAUUACUAUUUAUGAAUUGAUAAAACAUGCAGACAGAAAGUCUACAGUGCUUUACAUUUCAAUUGAAUUGCCUUGUUUGUUCUGGUAUCUGAUGUGUUCAUCUUUUUUUUCCUGCAGAGUGAGAGUCAUGAGCUCCAGAGCUCAGGUCACUGCUCCAUGAAUAAAAGAUUUGUUUGUGAUAAAUGAGUGAAACAUUAAAGUAUGACUCGUCUGACACUUUUAAA